AUGAGUUCCAACGCUGUUCCUACCCUAGCAGUGGCCACCUCGACCUCGUCAACCGGCGACGUCCUCCCUUCGCGUCAGAAUCUUACGGCCGUAGAUACGAGCUGCUCCUACGUCAAUCUCUCCAACCAUUAUUUCGCUAUCGCGGAUGGACUCCAGUCUUUGGUCUGCGCCUCUCCCGACGAUCUUCGACUAUUCCGGGAAUUCGCCGCGAAGUUCAAGUCUCUUACCAGGCAACCAUCCUGCCUGACGCCUAUCAUAUCUUCCGUGGCUUACCACCAUCUCGCUAACUUCGCUACGCUUUUGCAACUCUCGCCAAAUGUGGUGUUCGACGUUUGGAGGCACCACGGAGCUCUGGCAGGUCGCGUACUCUCGUGGUUGAAGGGUCUUGCGCGUGUGAACCUGUUCGCCGCCUCGCCGUUGACGUCGACUAUGUCCCCCUAUGACAACGACAUUCUAUUUUACUUGACGUCAAGCGCCGAUCACACCGCCGGGUUGUUCGCUCCUUUCAACUCACCAGCAGGCGGACCAUCGACCUUUUUCGCACCGUCAACUUUUCCUCGUUCCGACAUUGCUGCCCACGCUCGUACCAUACAACUCCGGGAGACUGGCGACGAAGGAAACUUCAACCACGAGGACGAGGAUGAGGACGACUCAUUCUCCGAUAGCACUCUCUCAGACUUCCGGUUUCCCUCUCCGGAGCUAGAAUCAUCUAUCCAACGCGAUCAACUCAUGCUCUGGUCUGGAGCGCGUCUUUGCUACGACCCAACCACGCGUUCCUACACUGGAAAGACGAGCCAGUACUCGGUGGACAAGAACGUCGUGUCGAUCAACGUCUCUGACGCUCACGAUUACCCUUCCCGGCGUCCUCCUCCUAAUGAGGGCUACGAGACUCUGUCGGCGGAUAAUAAGUCGCACAUACUCUGGCGCAAGAAGAUCGGCAUGCUCAUCAGUGGUUCCAUCCUAUGUCAAGUCAGCGAUGCGCCUCGCGAGUCCGACGCUGCAUGGUCUCUCGGUGCAUUCCCAAGCAACUACAUCCUCACACGGCGCACGACUGUUCGGAUAGUCGAUGGUGCGAAAAAGAAGCGCACUGAUCUGUACUUGUACGGUGCCACUUACCGUUUCGCAUCGGCGGCAGAGUUUGCCGCUCAUGCCAUAGGGCUUAUGCGCGGGACAGGCUCGUGCGCAUGCAAGUACUGCUCGGGGUCGCCGCAGAAGGACAUCACGUCUAUUCUAAAGGAGGCCGCUCGGCCGACGCGCUCGGCGGGAUCUUCCACAGAACACCCGCACUUGCGGUGGCGUAGCGAGGUGUGA